GGACUGGACAAAGCUUCUAUAGCAAACUCAGAUGGCCCCCCAGCAGGUUCCCAAACACCUCCCUUCAAGAGAAAGGGGAAACUCUCCACCAUCGGGAAAAUCUUUAAGCCUUGGAAAUGGAGGAAAAAGAAGACCAGUGACAAAUUUAGAGAAACCUCAGCAGUGUUAGAAAGGAAGAUAUCCACAAGACAAAGUAGAGAGGAGCUGAUAAGAAGGGGAGUUCUUAAGGAAUUGCCUGAUCAAGAUGGAGAUGUAACAGUUAACUUUGAAAAUUCAAACGGGCACAUGAUAGCCAUCGGAGAGGAAUCUACCCACGAGGAAAAUGUAGUAAAGUCUGAAGAAGGUCAUGGCUCUGUAUCUGAAAAAACACCACCUCUGGAGGAAAAGGCAGAAGAUAAGAAAGCUGGUUCCUCUCAUUCAAAAAAACCAACUGGCUCCAAAGCAUCAGCUUCACCAUCUACUUCAUCCACUUCAUCUCGUCCCAAAGCUUCAAAGGAGACAGUUUCUAGCAAAACAGGGACAAUGGGGACCACAAAGGGCAAGAAAAAAACUGGCAAGCAGCCAGCAACGUCUCGACUGUCCUCAGACACAACCACUUCUGUCACAUCCGACCUUAAAGGAGAACUUUUGGAGACUGGUGUAGAGACUCUCAAGGCCGAGCAGACUGUCCCUGGGGCCGAGGAGCAGGCCACGGGCAAAGCCAAGUCCACAGUUCCUCCACCCCCUGUGGCUCCACCGCCUUCUCCCCCCGUCCCUCCUCCGCCUCUUGAGGAUCAGUGCAUUAUUGCCUCAGACACUCCAGUGGUCCUGGUCAGCAGUGGAGCUGACCUGUCCGUCUCUGCCUUAGACCCAAGUCAGCUUCAUUGGACUGAAGAGCCGACAAACAGAACCACUCCCCACUCAGGCGCUGGCUUAAGUGUUAGCAGAGAAAACGCAAAAUGUUUCACAACCAAAGACGAGCUGGGGAAGGCAGCACCCCAGCUACUGACUCCUGGGCUGAUGGGAGAAUCUUCGGAAUCCUUCAGUGCCCCAGAGGACGAAGGCCAAAGGGACUACCAGGCCAAUGAUUCUGACUCCGAUGGGCCUAUCUUGUACACCGAUGACGACGAAGAAGAGGAUGAGGAUGAGGAUGGCAGUGGAGAAAGUGCUUUGGCAAGUAAAAUACGACGAAGGGAUACUCUUGCUAUCAAACUUGGCAACAGACCAUCUAAGAAAGAAUUAGAGGACAAAAACAUCUUGCAGCGUACAUCUGAAGAAGAGAGGCAGGAAAUCCGACAACAGAUUGGAACCAAGUUGGUCAGGAGACUUAGCCAGAGGCCUACAACUGAAGAAUUAGAGCAAAGAAAUAUCCUAAAACAAAAAAAUGAAGAGGAAGAACAGGAAGCAAAGAUGGAACUUAAACGCAGACUCAGCAGAAAGCUCAGCCUGAGACCCACAGUGGCAGAGCUACAAGCUCGAAGAAUCCUGCGGUUUAACGAGUAUGUAGAAGUCACCGAUUCCCCUGACUAUGACCGCCGGGCAGACAAGCCCUGGGCCAGAUUAACACCUGCGGACAAGGCAGCAAUAAGGAAAGAACUAAAUGAAUUUAAAAGCACAGAAAUGGAAGUUCAUGAAGAGAGUCGACAGUUUACAAGGUUUCAUCGUCCAUAAUGAAGUGCAAGUCUAUUUGGAAACAUAAAUUGACCAUCUUUGAGAGAAGCCCUGCUUCCUGAAAACCUGAUAUUGCACUGGGAUUUGAAUCUGUUUGUUUCCACUGUGGUCAAUGACGCGUGUGACUUGGCUUUGUUGGAAAGUGCUCCUCACCUGUACAGCCCAGAUGGGGCCAACAAGCAAAAGGAAGGAUGCAGUCGUCCUUGCUGCCCAGAAAGUGUAUUGAUGGUAAGGGACACCAUGGUUACACCAGUUAUUCCUCAUCAGGAGUUUGAUCAAAGAAGAUGAGCAGAAGACAAUCGCUGGCCCCCUAUUACCAGAAAGCCAAAUUUUAUAGUGCUGGGCACUGGAAAGGGGUGGGAGUUGAAAAUCAGAAAGAAAGAAAAAUAUUUCAUUAUGUUAAUGAAGAAAAGAAAAAUUGAAGCAUAAAUGUAUUUUUGAAACAGGCAUUUGGUAGCUGAGAACAUUUUAAGGGAUUUGGGAGUCUGGUUACCCAAUGAGGAUUCCUUAAAGACUUGAUCCUGGAAGAAUAUUCGUGUUCCACCAUUAUGUUGGUACCGUAUAGUACCAUUAUUUUUUGUUGUGCCAGUGAAUCCAAUUGCCAGAAAUAAGUCUGAAUAUUUUCAUGCAUCUUUUACUUAAAUGCAAGAGGCUUCUCCUGACUCUUAACAAGCAUGCUUACCCAAAUUUUGUUGCAUGCUUUAAGUAGCAUAACUAUACACACUUGACAUUUUCUUAUAUUCCUUUUCUAGUGUACCAAUCUUCCACGAGGAUAAGAGGACUGGGAAUAAAGUCAGAUGUAACCAUGACCCUAUAAAACUGUAGCAAGCUUUAGAAA